AUGAUCGCAGGAGAAAUUCUUGGGAUUGGGAGUUUGAGAUUUCUAGGACUCUAGAAAGAAGGACGCGCCUUUUAUUCCUUCCUCCACAAUCAUCAUAGGAGUAUAGUCAUAAAGUCGUCGGGAAGAUGAGGAUUAUUGUCUGAAAUUUCUUCCCGAGCGCUCAAUCCUGCGGAUUGACGCAACGGUUCGUUUUUUUUUUUUUUCACAUUUCAGGGUGGCUUCGCGAGAGUCUACCUGAUGACCGACGUCAGCAACGGGAACCAAUACGCCUGCAAGAUCAUCCCGAAGAAUCGGAUGCAGAGGAUCCACAUGCAGAAGAUCGCGCGUGAGAUCAUGAUCCACAAAGAGCUGAAUCACGUGAACGUCGUCCAGAUGCAUCACUACUUCGAGGACAAUCUCAACGUGUACAUGCUCCUAGAGGCCUGCCCGCGAAAGAGCUUGAUGCACGUGCUGAAGUACCGUGGCAAAGUCACGGAACCGGAAGCUCGUUACUACAUGAAGCAAAUGGUGACCGGCGUCGCGUACAUCCACUCGCAGAAAGUCGUUCACCGGGACCUGAAGCCGGGCAACAUGUUCCUGUCGGACCGGAUGAUCGUCAAGAUCGGUGAUUUCGGCCUGGCAACCAGGCCCGAUGGCCAGCGUAGACGAGUGACGAUAUGCGGCACGCCGAACUACAUCGCUCCGGAAGUGCUGUACAAGCAGGCGUACAGCUACGAGGCGGAUGUUUGGGCGUUGGGCUGCAUACUGUACGCCCUGCUGGUGGGGCAGCCACCCUUCGACACGGCCACGCUCAAGGAGACCUACGCGAGGAUCUGCAACAAUCAUUAUCGCGAGGUCGACGACAGCAUCGCGAGCAAGAGCGGCCAGGAUCUGAUCAGGUGGCUGCUGCAAUCCAACCCCGAGCUGCGACCGAGUCUGGAGAGGGUGAAGGAGCACGCCUACCUCACCAAGGAAUACGUGCCCGCGUCUCUACCGCACACUUGCUGCUACCAAAUGCCGCCGGCGUCGAUCAUCGAGCCACCCUCGUCGCCGUCCUCGAUGUCGACGGUCGCCAGGAAUCCAGAGGUUAAAGCGCAGAUAUGGCAGCAGAGCUUUGUUUAUCCCGACGCGUCGCUGCGUUAUCAGCAACAACCGAUGCAGACUCAGCAAGCGCAGCAUCAGCAACAGCAGCAGCAGCAGCAGCAACAGUCGCAGCACCAGCAACACCUGCUGAAUCGCUCGCAGAAGAGCCUGCAGAAGGAGUCCAAGGUCUCCAGCUGGCUCGUCAGGAAGCUGCCCAAGCUACCGCGAUUCCGGCAGCGGCUCAGCAGCGUGCUCUGCCCGGAUCACAAGAAGACCGGCCUCGUGGCGCAGAGCGUGCAGAUGCAUCGCGCGCUGGAGGCGUGCGUGCCGGAAAUGAAGCGGAAUAACGCGUGCAAUCCACCGACCGUGGAGGACAUCGUGCCCCUCUUUGUCACCAAGUGGAUCGAUUACUCAAACAAGUACGGGCUGGGCUUCCAACUUUCCGACAGGUCGGUCGGCGUUCUCUUCAACGACAACACGAAAAUUAGCUACACUCACGAUAGGAGAAGAGUGGAGUACAUGACGACCGACGACGAGAUGACGCGGUACCAUCGAGAGAGGGACGUGCCGGCUCCGUUGCAGAAGAAGCUCGAGUUACUUCGUCAUUUUACCGAAUACAUGGACGACUUUUUGACAGAGGGUGGUGAACUGAAAAAAUAUCGCGCGCCACCGCGACAGUCGAAAAACGCUUGCGUGCCACGAAUGAGACGGUGGCUGCGUACGGACAAGGCCAUCGUGAUGGAGCUAACGGUACCCCUCCUGCAAGUGAACUUCUUCGUGGACCACACGAAGAUGGUGGUGUCGCAGGAGUCCGCGGGGGGAAGGGGCUACCUGAUCACUUACAUCGACACCGGCCGACACGCGUCCUCCUAUUGGCUGAACGACCUGCGUGACUUCGGCUGCACCCCGGAUCUCUACGAGCGUCUCUACUACGUCUGCAAGGUGACGCGCGAGUUCGCCGAGCUGGACAACAACACGAUCGCCUGACGAUCGCCGGCGGAAUCUCGGGGGACGUGCGCCGUGGUUCCCUCAAGAGCCGCCGAGACGGCCGAACUGGCGGCGAGAUCUCUCAGAUACCUGUUUUAACUCUCAGCAACUCUCAGCGACUUGUUCUUCUUCAUAAAGCGGCAGUUGAGUGUCGGUGAAAAAGUUCUUCGGCUACAAAAAGUCGAUAAUUAUUAAUUACCGCGAUCGAACUUUUUCUCUUUGAAUUUUAAUUACCACAAAAUGGGGAAACAAAAAUAGUCCUGUUUCUCUCUCUCU